GCUCUCUGGCUGAUGUAAUUUAUGCUAUCUCCUCUGCCAGUGUGAGAGGAGAGCGUCCUGAAGCCAACGCUCUUCAUGCAGAGUGCUCCUGUGGGAGGCUGCGAGCCAGCGCCGACUGAGCCUCCCUCCUAUAUGCGCAGUGACGACACACGUGACAGGGACGCUGCAAAGCGAUGGCAGAUAAUUAAAAAAUGCCUGCCGCACAUUAGCGGCAAAGGAAAUUGGAUGCGAUGGCACCAUGGGUAUCGUUCCGGUGAAAUGUCAGCGAACGCAGCGUUUGCUGGGUACAGAUGAGGAAGCGUUUGGCUCAAAUCUCACGAACCGGCUCCAUGAUCCGGACUGCAAUCCAUUUCUAUGACAACAGAGAAGGCUUUGGCCGGGGAGAUGAAGAGCGCACUGGAGGGUGACGCCAGGAGAACCAAUCAGGUUCCCGAGGAGCACGGGGAAGUGGACGACGGCUCCGAGAAGACCCCCAGCAAGGCCUCCAAAUCCCCCCAGAAAAGCACCAAACGGCCCAAAACAGUCCCGGUCAAAGUCACUCUGCUCGACGGCACCGACUACGACACUGCAGUCGAGAAAUUUGCCAAGGGCCAAACCCUGCUGGACAUGGUGUGUGGCCAUCUGAACCUGCUGGAGAGAGACUACUUCGGCCUGACUUUCCAGGACACGGACAACUCCAAGAACUGGUUAGAUCCCUCCAAAGAGAUUAAGAAGCAAAUUCGGGUUGGCUCCUGGAUUUUGGGGUUUUCUGUCAAGUUCUACCCUCCCGACCCGUCUGUGCUCAUUGAGGACAUCACCAGGUACUACCUGUGCCUGCAGCUGAGGGACGACAUCCUGUCCGGGCGCCUGCCCUGCUCCUUCGUCACCCACGCCCUGCUGGGCUCCUACACCGUCCAGGCCGAGCUCGGCGACUACGAGCCGGAGGAGCACGGCCCCGAAUACGUCAGCGACUUCCGCUUCGCCCCCAACCAGACGCGCGAGCUCGAGGAGAGGGUGAUGGAGCUCCACCACAACUACAGGGGAAUGAGUCCAGCCGAGGCCGAGGUCAACUUCCUAGAAAAUGCCAAGAAGCUGUCGAUGUACGGCGUGGACCUGCAUCACGCCAAGGACUCGGAGGGAAUCGACAUCAUGCUCGGCGUGAGCGCCAACGGUCUGCUCAUCUACCGCGACCGCCUCCGGAUCAACCGCUUCGCGUGGCCCAAAAUCCUCAAGAUCUCCUACAAGAGGAACAACUUCUACAUCAAGAUCCGCCCCGGAGAGUACGAACAGUUUGAGAGCACCAUAGGCUUCAAGCUGCCCAACCACCGGGCAUCGAAGCGGUUGUGGAAGGUCUGCAUUGAGCACCACACCUUCUUCAGGUUGGUUUCUCCCGAGCCGCCUCCCAAGGGCUUCCUGGUGAUUGGCUCCAAGUUCCGCUACAGUGGGCGAACCCAAGCGCAGACCAGACAGGCCAGUGCUCUGAUCGACAGGCCCGCCCCGCAGUUCAACCGCUCCGUUAGCAAGCGCUACAUGCUGCCCCGCAGCAUCGACGGGGCCUCGGCCCUGGGCGAUAGCAUGGACCAGCUUUCCCAGCGGAGCUCCAGUGAGCGCACGCAGUUCAUGUCCAGAGAAGACCUGGACCAGGAGGGCAGCCUGGACCUGGACCACGACCAUUACCACUAUCACGACGACGACCAGGACCAGUACACGGACCAGGAGCUGGAGCAGCACGGAGGUCCGGAGCAGAAGGCCACACGGGGCGCCAGCGUCACGACGCCAACGAAGGCGCUGGAGCUCAAGGGCGAGGACGCAGGCUCGCCUCUGGACUCCAAACCGGAGGAUCUGGCCAUCCCUCGGCCCAAACAGGAGCAGUUCUUGGACAAGCCGGACGAUGUCCUACAAAAGCACCAGGCCAGCAUCAACGAGCUGAAGCGGGCUCUGAGGCAGCCCAACAGCAAGAUGGCCCAGAGGGAGAAGCGCCUCUCCUCAGCCACCCCCCCAGGAGGAACCCCGGAGCGCAAAUCCGCCAUCGGUGGUGCCAAAUUGAUUGACAAGCAGGAUGCUUUUCACGGAGCACUGGAAACGUACUCCAAAGCGGAAAGGAGUAAGAGCGAAAACGCAUUUACCGUGACUGACUGUCAAACGCCCUGGGACGCUUUAAGAACUAGACCUGGACCGUGUCAGGAACAGGAGACGGAUGUGGACUCCGUGUCUGACAGCUCAGCCACUAACGGGCAUCUUGAGCCUUUAUUAGUGGGGAAUGACAUUCAAGAGAACGGGUACGGAUCUCUGUCGGACAAACCCGGGGCCGCGGUGAGAAACUGUCCGUUCGGGAGGAUUCGUCGAGGUGGACCCAAAAUCUUUGACUCCGCGGCGCCGGUGGACAACGGAGCUGCAGAUGAGAGCGACGUGACGAGGUACUGUGAGACGUGGAAAAUGAAAAACCCGAGCCCGGCGCGAGAUCGCGACAGAACUGGGAACUCAGCGCUGCACUCAGAAGUCACCAGAGUGGUGCCGCUGAAGCCGCAGCGAUCAAAGAAGUCUUUGAAUAAGGAGAACAAAGGUGCCGCGACCCCUCCGGCUCAAAGCCAGGCAGAAAGACGCGUCUGUGGCGCCGACGCGCACACGAUCAAAUCAGAGGACGGGAUCUGCGCUGCCACCGAUGUCGGAUUCGCGCACCGGAGCGAGGCGGCGGCGCCGAACCGGCACCAGCAGGGCCGGAGCGAGCUGCUGGGGCAGCACAGGGGCUGCAGGGACCCCCCGGGGCCGGCUCAGAGGCCGAGGGGGGCGUCGCCGCACGAAGACCCGCCCCACAGCCGCUCCGAGGGCCGGGAGAGCUUCCCGCCGGGCGCCAGGUUCCCCGCGGCCCCCCCUCGGAGCCUGGCCCUGAAAACGCAGUGGACCAGAGACAGACAGGGCAACGUGGACAGCAGCCACAUCCACUACAGGACCCCCCCCCCGGAAACGGCCAAGAGGAAGCACGCGGAGACACCUCCCACACCUGCUAUUCACGAGGAGCAUCUGAACGAGGCCUCGAGGGAACCCUGGGAGCGGCGCCUGGGCUCGGUGUCCGAGGACGACCAGGACCACGACAUCCUCUACCUGAAGGAGACCCACCUGGGCAUCGAGCGCAAGUGCUCCAGCAUCACGGUGAGCUCCACCUCCAGCCUGGAGGCCGAGGUGGACUUCACGGUCCUCACCGACCUGCACACGGGCAUGGAGGAGUUCUCCAGGGGCAUGACGGAGCUGGGGGAGAGGGACCUGUCGCCCGACGGGGGCCUGUGCCUGGGCAUCGACCUGCUCCACCAGCACAGCGAGCCCCCCGAGGCGCCGCCUCUGACCCGAGGGGCCGGCGGCAGCAGCCCCCCGGCCAAACAGAUCCACGAGGAGGUCCGCGCGGAGGUCAAGCGGCCGGAUGUGCAGCCUGUAGUUCCCAAAAAACCAAAGAGGUCGGUGCCAGUGUCGUCGUCGGUGGACAGAGACCAGUCGCAGAGAGAGAGCGGCCGCCUCCCGCCACUCACGCCGCUGAGCAGAGAGGCCAGCGACGUGGCGCCCACGCCGGCCGUGAGGAAGACGGACGUGAGGAGGGAAACGCAGCCCAACGGCUCGGAGGUCACCACCACCAUUGUGGAGUUCGCCGAUCAGGAUCAAGGCAUCGGCGGCCUGGGCGAGGUUUCCUACGCGGCGAGACAGAGCGUCUCCCCCGUGAGUAGAGAAACCGGGACCUCUCCCAUUGUGCACACGGGCAGCUUCAUCAGAGAGGCCGCGGGGUCGCCCGUCCUGCUCAGCGAAAGCGUGACCUCCGCCACCACGCACGUCACCAAGACGGUGAAAGGAGGGUAUUCAGAAACCAGGAUUGAGAAGCGGAUUAUAAUCACAGGGGACGACGAUGUCGACCAAGAGCAGGCUCUGGCUAUUGCAAUACAGGAAGCCAAGCAGCAGCAUCCAGACAUGCAGGUGACCAAGGCGGUGGUCGUCAGGGAAACCGAGUCCUCCAGCGAGGGGCAUCAGAGUCCUGAUUUCCUGGCAUGAGAGCGCCCCCCUCUGGACCCGAAGUGUAAGUGCUGGACCUGAAAGAAGAAUCGCCACCCGCCAUCCCUGCUGAGAGAGGACUCCUGUCAAAUCUGUUUGUUUCCUUUACUUUAAUGCACGUUCGGUGGAGCGGGGCGGGCGCUAACCGCUAAAUGUCACCCCCUUGUCUGCUAACAGUGACAUCUGCUUCAGCUCAGCUCAACUCCCAGCAAAGCUCCUGGACAUGAUGUCAAAGGGGGAUUUGUCUAGAGAUGUGUUUAGAUGAGUAGUUCACGCUUAAUAAUGAAAUAAGUAAAGGUCACAUGAUGAUGUUCAUACAACGCACAAAGGAAUAUGUGAAACAAUGGCCACACAAAGGGACGUAAUUAAUGUUCUCCUGCAGUGAGCCGACAACCACCAUGUUUAGUUUCAUGGCAGUUAAAUGAAUGACGAGGCCCCGCCCCCUCUCGUCACGCCGACCUGUCAGAGAGGUUUGUGGUCCUGGAGAUGUUUGACUGUUAGGGGCCAAAGUGAUGAUUGCCGUACUUCUCUGACGUUCAGUAUUUCACGCUCAUGUGUGGGUGGCUCGUGUGCAAUGAUGAGACUGGAUUUGCUGCAUCAUGACUGUACCUUCUGGAGUUGACACACACGGAAUAGCUGUUAUUCAAACGGCUGCAAUGUAGUUCCAGAGCAUGACCCUGUUUCAGAAUGUGCCCAGUUUCCCAACACACAAAGAUUUGAGCUGGUUGUAAAAUCACUAAGGCCGUUUUGUAUUUUGUGUGUAUAUAUAUCAACAAAGUUGCACCACGGGCUACUCUCACUAACUGAAGUAAUGAUUGCAUGAUUUCUUGCAUUAUUGGAUUGUAAUUGAGCAAUAUAGAAGUUAAUUAAUAAGCAGGGACCAGGAUAUCCAUUGAAUAAAACCUAAAAAAAUUAAGUCGAUUUAAUUAGUCUCAUGUAAAAAGGAAAUGAAGCUUCCUGACGUGUGUAAUCCUCAGAACUUUGGCCUUCAUGUCCAGCGCUUCAUCCCAUUUCCAGCCAGUGGUGUCAACACGUCAGUUCGUUAGGAACCUUUAGUAGAGGCGGCCGUGAUGCCUUUUAACCGACGUGUGUGUCGCAGCUUUGUCUUCAUCCGCUGACACUCAGUUUUUGGUCAGAGUCCUUCCAGCGAGUUAGUGUUAGAAUAAGACGGUGCCGUCUCCGCUGCAUCUUUUGGAUCUUUAGUUGUGUGGUGUGGUACAUGAAUGUUAGAGGGAUGCCUAGACGUGUCGUGUGCCAAGUACGGUAGCAGUCGAAUUGUACAAACUCUGAUUUUGUAUGAAAACUUUAUAUGAACUAGCUACUUUGAAUUACAAGUGGCAGAAAGUCAAACACACAACCUGACCUGGCAAGGUUUUCUUUCCAUUACGAUGUCCUCACGUUGCCUGCAAACAAAAGUCUCCUUGCAGAACUAGUUUUAUGCAAAUGUAUUCAAAUCGGUUCAUGCGGCAGCAAAAACCGUUCACCUUUUAACAUUGAGAAAAUGUUUAAAAGAUGGUGGUGUCAGGUUUGUAAAAGGUUUGUGAUCUCUGGCUUUCAGACACUCAACUUUCCAGUGAAUGUUCACACGUGUGAUGUAAACCUCCUGUUGUUUCAUAUUUUGGUUCUGAACCCUUUUUAAAGUGACGGUUAACUCAUGGAUGUAGGCGUCAAACUGGAGGGUGUUAAAAAAAAUGCAGCCAUGCAUACCUUGUACUGUAUUUGGUGGCGUUUGGUGGAUUGUGAAAAAAAAAUAAAGUAGUUUAAGGCCACGCAGGCUCGGUGUACGUACACUAGGGGGCACCACUUACCUAAUUGAACAGAGCUUUGCAACAACAUCUUGCAGAUCCAACUGAAAUUCCUCUCACCAUCUUUCACCAAGGGGCAAAAUUAUCCAAAUCAUCCUUGGAACAAGCUGCGAGGUCGACCCUGCCUCCCCCUGUCCUGCAAAGGUCUGCUCAGUGCGAACCAGACUGUGAUUAAUGGCAGACGCCGGGCUGCGGAGGAGACGCCAGGUGCUCGAGUCCCGCCGGGCGACCUCUGACUGCUCCUUGAACCCAUAGCCCCGUCCUCUCUGUACAGAGCCCUCCCUCCUGCUCCGUCUCCUCCUCCUCAGCAGCUUCGUCUCCGCUGCCUCCAUUGCUUGAUGCUGUGUCUUUGCUGUACAUUGUACUUGCAAUCCUUUGAAAUUAAUAAAGAGGAGAGAAAUAAAAAAAAAAAAGAAAAACAUGAGAUGAGAAGGGAA